CGCCCGCCAGCGCGGCGCGGGUGACCUGUAGUAACCCCCGGCCCGGCUUGGCCCCCUCCCCGCGGAGCCCGCCCCGCGCGCCACCGCGCUCCGGCCAACCAGGAGGCGCCCUCGCGCGCACGGGAGGAGGGCGCCCGGCGGCGGGCUGCCGCGCGGGGCCUGAGGCAGCGGCCGGGGCGCGCGGGGAGGCCGCGGCGGCGGCCGCCGAGGGGCGCGCAGAGGCGGCGGGCGGGCGGGCCCGAUUUCAGCACAGUUGCCUGUGACAGCUCCUGUUGAGUAAACUGAGACGAGAACUUCUUGUAUCAGCUGUUGUACCGGUACCUGCCACAAUGAGAAGUUGCAUAAGAUCUUUUUGGAUCUCCAUCUAACUGAUACAUGUUUUCAAACUCUCCCCUGUAAGCUUCGCAAGCAGCCAAAAUGAAGUUGAAGCAUAACAUCAACCCUGUUCUUCUACAGUUUAUAAACUUUAUAAUCUUGGUGUACUCCUUUAUAACAUACAUUCCAUGGUACAUACUAUCAGGAUCAAGGGAGGCUAUCGCAAAAUCCAAGCAGGUUAAAGCUAAACCUGUGAAUAACAAGCCUGGGGGUGCAUACAGAUCUGUUAACAGUCAACACUGCUUAGCUUCAGUUUUAUAUCCUGGGUGUGAUACACUCGACAAAGUUUUUAAGUAUGCUAAAACUAAAUUUAAGGACAAAAAACUCUUGGGAACACGUGAAAUAUUAAAAGAGGAAGAUGAAAUCCAGCCAUCAGGAAAAGUUUUUAAAAAGGUGAUCCUUGGCAAAUACACCUGGCUUUCUUAUGAUGAUGUAUACAUUAAAGCUGUUAAUUUUGGAAAUGGCUUAGCAGUAUUGGGUCAGCAACCAAAGACUAACAUUGCUAUCUUCUGUGAGACUAGAGCUGAGUGGAUGAUUACAGCACAGGCUUGCUUUAUGUGCAACUACCAGCUUGUUACUCUGUAUGCUACUCUGGGAGGCCCAGCAAUAGUACAUGGAUUAAAUGAAACAGAGGUGACCACCAUCAUUACUAGUAAAGAAUUGAUGCAAACAAAAUUGAAGGAAAUCGUUUCUCAAGUUCCACGACUGCGGCAUAUUAUUACAGUGGAUGGCAAACCAACAACAUGGUCAGAGUUUCCCAAGGGUGUCAUUGUUCACACUAUGGCCUCUGUGCAAGCUAUGGGGGCCAAAGCAGACACUGGAAACAAACAGCAAGCAAGGCCUGUACCCUCAGAUAUUGCGGUAAUCAUGUACACAAGUGGAUCCACAGGAGUUCCCAAAGGAGUUAUGAUCUCCCAUUGCAACAUAAUUGCUGGUAUAACUGGAAUGGCUGAAAGGAUUCCUAAUCUGGGGGAAAAAGACAUCUAUAUUGGCUAUUUGCCCCUUGCCCAUGUUCUGGAGCUGAGUGCUGAACUUGUCUGUCUGUCUCAUGGAUGCCGCAUUGGCUACUCAUCACCUCAGACGUUAGCUGACCAGUCCUCUAAAAUAAAGAAAGGAAGCAAAGGUGAUGUUACUACACUUAAACCAACACUAAUGGCCGCUGUCCCGGAAAUUAUGGAUCGGAUCUACAAAAAUGUCAUGAAUAAAGUGAAUGAAAUGACUAGUUUCCAGCGGAAUCUAUUUAUAUUGGCCUACAAUUACAAAAUGGAACAGAUUUCCAAAGGCUACACUACCCCACUGUGUGAUAGCCUUAUUUUCCGGAAAGUACGAAUGCUGCUAGGUGGAAAAAUUCGUAUCCUGCUUUGUGGAGGAGCUCCACUCUCUGCAGCAACUCAACGAUUUAUGAACAUUUGUUUCUGUUGCCCUGUAGGACAGGGGUAUGGACUAACUGAGUCAGCUGGAGCUGGAACAAUUACUGAUGUUUGGGACUACACUACAGGGAGAGUAGGAGCACCUUUGGUCUGCUGUGAAAUCAAACUAGUGAACUGGGAAGAAGGUGGGUAUUACAACACUGAUAAACCAUAUCCUAGAGGUGAGAUUCUUAUUGGAGGGCAAAAUGUGACUGCGGGCUACUACAAAAAUGAAGGACGAACCAGAAAAGACUUCAUUGUUGAUGAGAAUGGACAGAGGUGGCUCCAUACUGGAGACAUUGGAGAGUUUCAACAGGAUGGAUGUCUAAAAAUCAUUGAUCGUAAAAAAGACCUUGUAAAACUCCAGGCAGGAGAAUAUGUUUCUCUUGGCAAAGUAGAAGCAGCUUUGAAGAAUAUUCCACUGGUAGAUAAUAUUUGUGCAUAUGCAAGCAGUUUCCAUUCUUAUGUCAUUGGAUUUGUUGUGCCAAAUCAAAAGGAGCUUGCAGAACUAGCUCGAAAGAAAGGAUUUAAAGGAACCUGGGAAGAGAUCUGUAACAGUCCUGAGAUGGAAAAAGAGGUACUGAAGGUGCUAACUGAGGCUGCCAUGGCAGCUAAUCUGGAGAAAUUUGAAAUACCAGUUAAAAUUCGUUUGAGCCCUGAUCCUUGGACCCCUGAGACUGGCUUAGUGACAGAUGCAUUCAAACUAAAACGCAAAGAGCUUACAGCAUACUAUCAAGUGGACAUUGAUCGAAUGUAUGGAAAAAAUGUAAAAUAAUUCUUUUUCUGCACCACUUUGCUACAGUGAGCUUGGAUCAAAUAGGAAAUACUUGAAUCACCUGUCUCAACACUUGAGAUCAACACAGAAAACCACCAUUCCUCAUUUGCAGCUUAAACUGUUACUUCUGAUAACACCACCAUUAUGACUGACAAGUUUAGUAAAAUGUUACGGCAGCAAACUUGUGUCUGUCUCCUUUUUUUCCAGUUUUCUCUGCUACCUUGUCAGUGUGUGGGUUUUCCUAAGUCUUUUUGGGAAACCAUGAUUUUGAAGCCUCAAGUUUUUAAACGUUUAUAAAUCCUGUAUAAUGUUUUGUUUGUAUCUUAAAGUUUGGAUGUAUAUACAGAGAACUUGGCUAUAGAAAAAAAUGGUUAUACUGGGGGCCUUUUUUACCUAAUUAUUUAAAUAUAAGAAGGUAUGGAUGUUGUGAAAUUAUGUAAAUUGAAAAUGCUUAUAAAUUUGAUCACUGCUGAACAGAGGACCAGGUUAUUUGCUGCUGUGCCAUUGUUCUGUGUAAAACUGAGGGAAGAAAAUGUGUGACAUUCCAGCUUGUGUAAUACACCUUUAAUAUGUGCCUAAUGCUUGUUUUUAUUUUUAUCUGAAAUGAAAAGAUGGUCAAGGCACAGCUCCGCAUAAAGGCAGGUACUCUGGCAGGUGUUAGUUAAAGCUUAUUUAACACAAAAAAUGCUAUUAAUGCAGCAAAAGUCUCACCUUGGAAUACAGAAUACAGGAAUUACUUUUUGAAAUAUCUUAAGACCAUUUCAUACAAUAGUUGAAUUAUUCAGAGCUGGUAAGAACUCUUGGAAUUAAUUUCGCUUAACGCUAAGUUUGGAAAUGUCUUUUUAGUACAGGGACUGUAACAAAUUGUCUCUUUUUUUCAUUAGAUUUAGACAACACACCAGUUUGUUCUUUUGUUGUUUCUAAAACUGUGAUAAGAAUCCUGUUCUAGCUGCAACCCAAAUGCUUUGGAGGGGAUUUUUAAAGUCAUAAUGACAGUUACGUUCUUAGCUUCCAUGGUGCCUAGCUGCCCUUUGUGCCAUUAAAAAUCUCCCUCUUACUUUUGUGUUCUUUUGUUCAGCAUUUUUUGCUUUAAAAACUUAUUGGAAUUAUUUGUCAACCAGUCAUGUUUAUGUUACCUGGUUUAUUUGUUACACUCAAAUUUCUUACUUUGGGAAGGAGUCUCAAUUUCUGUUUUACCAUAGAUAUGUCAAUGUUGUUUCAAGAGCGGUGGAGCCUCUUCAGGUCUUAAAUGAGAGCCUUUAGAUUUGUUGCAGAUGUGAAUUUUAUUUUCAAAAUAUAUGUAGAAAGAAUACUUUAAUCAGGGUUACAGUGAGAAUGUGAAAAGGUAUACAUCAGUAAACUUUGGAGUAAAUACUCAAAGGGCUUUAAUUUGGAGAUACUGUUGUGUGUAUUUUAUUUACUUGUAGUACUAAGAAUCAAGGUCUUAAUGCUAUGCCAUGGUAACAUACAGCAAUUCUGAACAGCAGAAACUUUGUUUGCAGGAGGGAAUUGAUGCUGUUAACGUUUGUGAAGUUUUGACAUGGGAAUUUUGGGAGAUGUUUUGAUAAGGAAAUUCUCAUUAAAAUACAAAUUCUGAAAUAUUUAAAUUAUUCUAUCAGUUGUAGAAAGCAGUUCUAUUGGAGAUGAAAGUCAUCAAGUAGGUUCCCUGUAUUUACUUUAAUUUGGGUAAAAUAAUGAGAAGGUUUUUGCUAUCUUCUACGUUAAGUUAUUGUUGCACCUACUGUCCAUGGAUUUCCCCUGCUGCUGUCUGUGGAAAAAACUAUUACUGUUUGGUGAACUUUGGUUUAAUUUGUCAAAUGGAAUAUAAACAACGAAAAGAAAUCAGAACCACGUUUAUGAGAUUAAUGCCUUCAAAUAUUUAGAUCAUGAAUAUAAACUUCUGACAAGUAGAGGCAAAACUAAUGUCGGAAAAUGACUGAAGAAUCAGUAUGUGGAAACUGCCAAGUCUGUAGGGAAAUGUCAUACAGUAUACUAGGCAUUAAUAAUACUUAAAUAUCUGUCUGCACUCCAUCAGUUUUCAUAAACGGUUUGCACUCAGCACAGGAUUGUUAAAUUUUUUUGAUUUUGGUGAAAAUUAAUAAAUUGCUGAAGUACUGCGUAUAUCACUUGCUGCAUUGGCAGCAGAUUUAAAGGAAAUCUGCCUCUUGAUUAAUUCAGAAGGGAUCUGAAAUUAGUAUUUUAUUCUGCUAAGAAUUUAGAUGCAUUUUUCGAUAAAUUGCAUAAAAAAAUAGGUACUUUAAAAUGGUUUGGAAGUAUUUUGCAUUUUCCUUCUAACCCAAUUUCAAGAUUGGAUUGCAGUCUAAAUGUGCAUUUGAUUUUUUUUCAGUUCAGUUUUUAUGCAUUUAAAACUGAUUAGAUACAGUUCCUCCUUUAGACAUCAGAUUCAUUUGGACACUUAUUUUUUCUACAAUAUGUGAAAACAAAGCAAGUUUAAUAAUUCUAGCCUCAACAUUGAAGAUAAAAAGGCCUUUACAAUAUAUGUAUGGGCUUAAAAUAUUUUUGGUAAGUAUCUAUUUCUCUCAAACUAUAACAAAACUUAGAGUUUAAUCCUGCUACAUUCUGAGUACUUUCAAGUCCUGUUGAGGCCACUUGUCCAGUGGAUGUCCACACCUCUCAGAAGAGAUAAGAUUACGCUAAGUGACCAGGGCUAUAGUGGGAAGAUAACACAGUUGCUGUUCAGAUACAGGGCUUCCUUGCUUUGGCAGCCUUAGUCCUGUAGGCUUAUAUGCCUAUUUGAUAGUUUGGCACCAUGUUCUCACACUGUGCUCUUGCAGUGUUGAGCAGAACACUUCAGGGGAGUUUGUUGAAAUCCUGAUGGUACCUGCAUGGAUGCAUGACAUGACAGCCAGGAGUUUUUUCUGUUAUCUUUUUUUUUUUUUUUUUUUUUUUUUUUUUUUUUUUUUGUCUUCCGAUCUCCAGUGUAACAAGAAGAACAAAAAAGCCUGAUGGAAUGUAUUUCACGUGUCCUAAAUGCUGUGGACAGCUCUAGAGUAAAUUAGGAAAAGUGCACAGUUAGAAGUAGCAGUCUCCAUCAUGUGGUGACUUCUGUAAUGAAAAGAGCUGUAACUUUUAAACAGUCUUUCUGAGUAUAAGAAUAAAGGGUAUAUACUGUACCUGAAGGGCCCUAAAGGAGAGGGGUGCUUUUUGACAAAACAUUUGUAAAUAUGACUUCCCAGGAUUCUGAAUCAUUGGGAAUUGUAGCUACUUAUUCUGUUGUGAAAAUUUACAUAGCAUUAAAAUAUAUUCCAUUACAAAAAAACAACAACUGACUGACCUAGAAAUUCCAAGGAUGCACUGAAUCUCUUUUUAAUUCUUACGAUUAUUUUAAAAAAUAUUCCAGGAUAUCAGGCUAACUUCAAUCUAGAUGUUGUAAGUGUUCUUUGCAGAGAAUAGUGUUUCUGGAAUAUGUUAGGAAAUUAAAAAUUACAAGCCAGAAAGACCUUGCAAGUUUACUGAUGCUGCUACUAUUGCAGUUUACAUACAGAAGAAAGACUGUACCUCAAUGGGAAGCUGUAUCUUCUCAGCAGUAAAAUGUUUUGCUGAAAUGAAAGUGGAAAACAAUGUGCAAUUGAGACUAAGAACAUAAUACAUACCUACAUGUUACUGGUUUUAUAGUUAGGAUGCAGAGAAAUGUAUGGAAUUGAAAGUAUACAUAAAAACAUGCUAUAAAACUUGUAAAUUUGUGCAGCAAUUGCUAUAGGACGUGAGACUCCUUUGCAAUAACCUUUAUCCUGCUAAAAUUGACAAGUUUUUAUUCUUUACUAAAAUUGCAUUUAGGCUAUGUGAUGCAGCAUUUUUAUUUUUUAUUAACGUGAUGUAUUAACUCCUUUGGACUUGUUAUAAAAUUGUGUAGAUCUGUGUCUUUACUGGUAAAAGGAACAAUCACCUUCAAAUAACAUAUGCGUUGGACCAGGCUAAAAAGUUAAUUGAAUGACCAGUUGUAUAUUAUUGUAAUUGGUUAUUUAACGUAAACUCAUUUUCAUUGUGAACUUGGUUGUUAUUAUGAACUGCCUGAACAUUGUAUAUCAUAAUUCAGUUAUAUUGUAUGAAUUAUUUAUUUGUAAUUGGACAUCAUGUUUCAAAAUAAAUUAAUUUUGCAAAUUAGGCCCUAAACCUCA